CUUGCUUGUGCUCCAAAGCCUUCGCCGAGAUCUCCUCCUCCCUCACACUCCCUUGGCUUUGCUUUGCUUUGCUCGCAUUGCUCCCGCCAUCACUGUUUCUCGGUGCCUCGAGAGCGUGUCGCUUGGAGCUUUUUCACAAUCUAGGGAGCUAUGGAGUCUCUUCUUUGCAGCACGGGACCAGCGUCCGUGGUAUCUGUGCACUCCACUUCCGCCACAAGCACCACUACCAAGUGGAGGAACGUCGCCAUGGCGUGCCCAGCUCCUGCUCGCCUUGCCAUCCAUCUCGCCAGCUCCGCCUCCGUUUCUCAGGUACUAACAAAUAGGACAGAUUUCUUGAGUAUGUCAAGAAGGACAUCUUUGCCUAGAGAAACAAGGUGUGAAGCGGGUGCUGAUCUAGAAGAGCCUGUUACCGUGGACAACUCGACAGUUUUGGUUGUUGGAGGCGGCGGUGUUGGAAUGGAGACUGUGCGUGUAUUAGCAAAGGCAGGAUCAUGGGUUACAGCAUAUCAAAGAAAUGAAAAAUUUCGUCCAGAGAUUGAGGGUCUUGGGUCAAUGCUUGCCCUUGGCGAUGUACUAGAUGUUGCGACCAUCGAGAAGGUGUUGCGAUCAAAUUCUUUUGAUGCCAUAGUCUGCACUGUGGGUGGAGGAACUACGCACCCUGAAGUAGAUAAGGAUGGUCCUAUCAAUCUGGCAAAUGCAGCCAAGAAGGCAGGCGUGAAAAGAUUCAUCAUGAUUUCCAGCGUUGGAGCUGGAGACAGUGUGAAGGCUGUUGAUGAUAAGACAUUGGCAGUUUUGAAGACAGUGCUGGAGGCGAAGGAGGUAGCCGAGGAGGCUGUGAAAUCAAGCGGCCUCAGUUAUACUAUCAUUCGUCCUGGGGGUCUAUUGGCUGCUCCUCCUACCGGCAAUGGAAUUUUGACAGAGAAUUCUGGCGUUUCUGGGCUCAUCAGCCGAGCUGACGUUGCCUCCCUUGUCAUGAAAGUUUUGUUUAACGAGAAGUCGUAUGGAAAAACCGUUACAGCAAUCGACCAAGACAAGCUGCUUCCUCCUACCACCUCACUGGACGGAGUAGAGCUUUUGAACCUCUGAGCAAAUGAUGCUUCGACAGCAGCUGCCCUCCCCGCCCAUAGUUCUGAGGGCCAAAUAACAGUCACCCCAAUUCCUAGAACUCGUCGACGGUUUGAAAAACCUCCUCCACACGGAAUAAAUAUUCUAGGAAAACAACUCUGUUGAUCUAACUGCAGGUUAUUUUUAGCUUCGAUACAGCCUGAACAACGUAUAUGCUUACCUCGUUGGACUUGGUGGAGUAGAGCAUGGAAAUUCUUUUCGGGAAAUAGACCAGAUUGUGAGGGUUUCAUUGGGAUGCUGUAGAGGACAAGUUCUGAGAUGAGGAUUGAAAUGAGGAGCUACAUCUCAGUGGAUGCUGCAGACCCAACGGAUCUUGCACUUUUCAAACUUGAGAGCUGUUUUCGGUAUUUUUCUGCAUUUCUUAUCUUUUUGACACAAGUAAUGGGUUCUUUAUAAAACCCGGCACCGGAUAUGGAUUCCGUAGUUGGUAACCCCAGACCAAUUCAAGUGCAUCCACGACUCUUUUGCUCGCCAUGGACUUCAUUGAUUUGCCAAAGUCUUGUGCUGUGGGCGGCUCAUAUUUUAUAAUCAAAAUGAACGGACAGUAGGGUGGAUAGAUGAAUAUAAAGGCAGAGCCAAAAUAGAUUCACUUGUGAUAGAAUAAUGGCAUGUAACUUUGAUCUGUUGAGUUCGUUUGUGCCAUAGCAUCAUCUGGGGACCCAUUUGGGAAUACAACAAGUCAGGAUUGGAUGAGAGCCUAAGAAAGGGUGUAUUCAAGUGAUGCUGGGGCAUGAACAGCUGCUCAAUGCAGAUAGCCAGUCUGCUAAGCAUUGGGGGAAAGUGAGAAACAUUUCUCUCAAUCUAUCUAUCUUACCCAUGUUGGGAUCCAUCAACUCAUUAAGCCCAUGUGGGAAAAGUGGGUUUCCUCA